GAUACGGCAGGAACAGAAGAAGUAGUUGCCAUGGAUUUAGACAGCGAACUAAAGGAGAUAGCUGCUGAGAUGAAACAUGUCUCACUCAAAAGGGAACAACUUAAGGAGAGGAAAAACAUUCUGUGCAUAUUUCAAGAGCUGAGGAAUCGAGCCGAGUUCGGACAAACAGAGGAAGCAGUCUCUACUCAGAAGGAGAUUGAGAGCAUCGAUGAGAAACUGAAGGAACUGAAUGAAAAACAGUCCGAACUCCAGAAAAAUUACGACAACAUGCUCAAUGCCACCAAAAACAAACAGCACAAGAAAGUGGUCAGUUUCACAGACAAAGAGAAUAUAGAUUCUGCUGCUCCGCCUUCUCCUCCUCCUGGCUCUAAUAUCGUCUAUGUUGUGGCUCCGCCUACUAUCCCAGCCCCUGAAGUGAUUCUGGAGCUGGACAAGCUCCCGGCAGCUCCGUGCAGGACACAGUGCCCAGAGUGUCGGCAGUUCAUCACGACAGAGACGUUCUCCUCUGUCAGCAGUGUGACGUGGCUGGUGUGCAUCAUGACAGCUUUAAUAGGCUGUGCGGCUGGUUGCUGCCUCAUCCCUUUUUGCAUGGAUAGGUUCAAGUCUACCAACCACAGAUGUCCUAAGUGCCGAACAUUAAUCAAAACUAUUAAAAAGCUCUGAGAUGAAAGCAGAUAGGGAAAGAUGGAGAAGAUGCUGGAUAUCCACCUAGUAGUGAUAACAACACAAGCUGCAAAAAGGGUCUCCUGCACAAUGCACUGAACAUCAGUGCAUGACCGGUGAUGUUUGUAAUCUCAAACUAUAGCUGCUAUUACUUUUUUAGAAGCCUGUCAGACGAGACGGGUGGUUUCUGCCUUUAUGCAUAUGCGUAUUAUAAUGCAUUUUUCAGGCACAUCUGUGUAACAAAAUGUAUAUUUCAUUAAUACUUUGGUACUUUAAACAUGCUAGUUAUUUUCAAAUCUUUUUUAAAUACAAUAAAACUUCAAAAUGACAGACUUUCCUUGUAAAUUUUUAAUGGCAAGCAGUAAAAGGGCAAGUGCUGAAGCUCAUAGGCAGACACUGAAAUCCCAAAGAAUCUCUGUAUUUACAAAACGACUGUUAAUAUUUGUAUAAAAAGCCAACAUAAAUACAUCAUGUGUAAAUCAUACAAAUGCAAGGUUUUUGUAUGCCGAGUUAUGCUAGUGUAGUAAAGCCUAAACAUUUGUCAUUCCAGCACAUAAACCCUUUUUCAGGGGAGACACUUGGGUGGUCAAAUGAGGCACAAAGGAGGAGAUGAAGAAAAGAAAUAAAAAAAUAAUAGAAAUUUGCAUCAUUUUCAUAACAGCUCCUUCCAUAUUUGGGUGGCUUAGAAACUGCCAGUAAGUCCUCAAUAAUUUAACAAUAUGACACAGUUAUUACACACACACCGCACUGCCAAGAUAUAAUGGUUUGUGUCACUAUUAACAACAGAAACCAAAAGGAUAGCACGUCUUCCAUUUGUUUGUAUAAAGCUGAUUCAAAUCAGAUGUGGCCAGCAGAUGUCACUGAACUACAACCUGACUUGUAACAUCUGAUGGUUAUUUGAGUUUGAAAUGAUGCUGAAACAAAACGAGCGCUGGAUCAUACUUCUGUUAUUUUUCUCUGGUGGUGUUUGUAUGCUGUGCAGAUGUGUAUUUACUGAAAAAUGAAAAUAAAUUAUUCAAACAUCUUCA